UCACCGAUUGACUCGAGAGAAUCUUGCAACUAGCUAGGCGCACCUGGCGCCUCAAAGCAGCCAAACGUCUGCAUCUCCCGAUCGUGCUCUUGCAAAAGAUGGCGGCGACAGCAGCGAGGAUCGCUCGGAUCAGGCCGAACAACACGGCCGUCUUCGUAUGUGACAUGCAGGAGAGAUUCAGAUCUGCUAUCUGGAACUUUGAUCAUGUCACAAGCGCAGGUGUGAAGCUGCUCAAAGCGGCCAAGGUGCUGGAGUUACCCGUCUACACCACCGAGCAGAAUCCUAAAGCGCUUGGCGCGACCGUCGCGCCGCUAGCGAACCUCAUCUCGGAGCUACCUCCGGAGCUUGGCGGCGACCCGUCGCCUCAGUUUCACCCGAAGACGCGCUUCAGCAUGGUAUUGGCUGACGGUUCAACUGAGAAGUGGCUGAAGGCAGCCAAGGCGGAUGGGGGAAUCAAGGAUGUCAUUAUCUUUGGUAUCGAAUCCCACGUGUGCGUGCUGCAGACAACUCUAGAUCUCCUCGAGAAGGGGUACGGUGUCCACGUGCUCGCAGAUGGCGUCAGCAGCUGCAACCAGGCAGAGAUCAGCAUUGCUAUCGCUCGCAUGCGUGAUGCUGGCGCUACAAUCAUGACCAGUGAGAGCGUUCUCUUCCAACUCCUAGUGGACGCGGUGCAUCCAAAGUUCAAGGCCAUCAGCGCACUGAUCAAAGAGGAAAAAGAAACCACCAAGAAUGUCGUGUCUGCGCUACUCGCCAAGUACUAGGUCGUAUGCGCAUGCAUAUGCGUGCGUACGUCCUCAUGCUUGAAGCAGACGCCCACUCUUAACCCCACCUCAGGGAGUAGGGCUGCGCAUUGCAGGUCAUGCAGGUUUAGAUAAUACAACAGGCAUUCCGAAAAGGGGAAGGAGAGGCGUCACAAGAGUGGUAGAAGAAAGCAGCCAGCCGUGCUCACUGUGAGCAACCAUC